UCUGCAAAAUACCCAAAAACAAAGGAUUUUCUUCCACUUAUUGACAAGGUCAGACAUAAGAUUGAAGGUUGGAUGUCUCAUUCUUUAUCCUUUGCAGGUCGUCUAGAACUCAUCAAAUCAGUAUUAUUCAGUACCUCUGCUUACUGUUUCAUGCUAUCAACUGGAAGGAAGUUUGUCGACCAAAACAGGAAGGGGGAUUUGGUCUGAGAAGAUUGAAGGAUCUAAGUCAAGCAGCUGCCCUUAAAUUGAUAUGGAGACUUCUUACAGCUAAUUCUCUUUGGACAAACUGGAUGAAUGUCAGAUAUAUCAGGGGAGACAAUUUUUGGGAAUCUAAUACAAAUCUGUUGGAUUCUGGAACCUGGAAGCAUAUAUCUAGUCUCAAAAAUCAAGCUCUGAAAUGCAUUAUGAAAUCUAUUGGGAAUGGAGAGACCACUUCCCUUUGGUUUGACCCAUGGUUACAGGAAGGAAGAAUUAUUGAACUACUACAUUAUCUCACUCCUCAACACACAGACACUACUACUUGGACAGUCUCUCGUAUCAUCCAAAAUUCUCAAUGGAAUAUCAUACUGCCAUGCCUUAAUCCUCUGAUAUCAUCCAUUACUAAUAUAUCAGUUUCAGGUCAGAAAGAUCAAUGGAUAUGGUUGCAUACAGGUGAUGGUGAUUUCUCCUUUUCUUCAGCUUGGAAUCAAGUUCGUACAUCCUAUGACAAAUUUGAGCUUUACAAUGUGGUAUGGUUCCCAAACUCAAAUCCUAGAAUGUCUUGUUGCAUGCUCAGAAGUUUAUGUAACAGGUUAGCUACAAGAGACAGACUAUUCAAAUUUGGUAUAACUUCAAUAGAAGUCUGUGCUCUUUGUAAUUCAUACAAGGAGACUAGGGAUCAUUUAUUCUUCCAAUGUCAAUAUUCAGCAUAUAUCUGGAAGCUAUGUAAACUGAAACUGCAAAUGAAAAUUACUGAUGUUAAGGAUCUUAAGACAGAAGCCCUGGAAAUCCAACAAAAGUUCAAGAAGAAAGAUAAUACCUAUAUCUUGGCUAGAUUAGCACUAAAUGCAACUGUUUGGCAUAUUUGGCAGGAAAGGAAUAAAAGGAUUUUCCAUGAUCAAAAACUACAUAAGAUUAUGGUGUUUAGGAGAAUAUAUGAAGACAUUAAUAUUCUGCUUAGGACUUGCAAUUGGAAGGUUGGUAAUUCAGAUAUUCUAUCAAAUUGGAGCUAUGUAAAACUGUGAUUGUCCCUUCGUGAGCUGGUUGUUCUGUUAUGUAA